UUGUGAUCGAUAAAUCACACGGUGCGGGACACGUUUUCCGUAGCCAUUUUUGCUCAAGUGGUUGUGCUUCGCGCUGCGUGCUGUUCAUCACGCGGGGGAUCCAAGUGUCACAAGUGACAGCCCACUUUUGAGUCCAACACGGUGACAUGGCUGCGAUGUCGUCGGCGAUUGUCCUCUCAUCCGUCACCAUCUUAUGCGCUUUCACGCUAGCCGACGCUACGAUCCACGGCGAUGCGGACGUGGCGCCUUCGGUGAAUGUGUAUCUCGGGAUGGCUUACCCAGAUUCAGAAUGCUCCGGUAGUUCUGUACACAGCUUUUCUUUCAAGAAGGCUCCAGGCUUGCUGGACUGCUACGUCUACACAGAUGUCACUGGCGAGAACGUCUCUGGUAGCUUUAACAUAACUUGCCUCGGCGACCGAGCAGUUUUCAAUGACUUUGAUCGUGAGAAUUGUACAGGUUCUAUCGUUGCAUGGGGGACAACGCCAUGGGCUUGGUACACAUCAAAUACGUGCUCAAGUUACGAGUAUUAUAUCCAAGAAGCGGGUCAUUUCAUAGUAAAUGAAAGCUUCGUUGGACAAUUGGCGUCUAGCGAUUAUCCUUCCACGUGCCACGAAGUCUCAGGUGUUUGGGCUUACUGUCCCGCUUUCAAGACCUUGUUGUUGAGCGUUACUGGGGUGUUGUAGAAGAAAGUUGGUGCUGCGGCGCAGACCCCGUGUGCACCGUAGGGAUGCAAGAGUUUCGAGUAUAUAUAUAGAGAGAGAGAGGAGGAGGAGAGGGCUCACCACGCAUCCGUGCCUUCGGUUGCGGUGCAAAGCUUUGCCGGGCAACGCGCGCCUUGGCUGAGGCCCCCUCUCCACCGGACGCUGUACAAAUGACGCGCCUUGUGCGCCUUUUUGAAACCCCGCGGGACGGUUUGUCGUUGCUCAAGCGUUUGGCUGGAGCUGUCCAGCUUCGUUUGCCGCAGCGGGCAGGCCAUCACUGCGCAAAUACUCCUUCCAGGUGCGGGACACGUUUUGGUCAGGGUGUUGUUUGUUUUUUGAAAACGUGCGUUUCGUGCGUGCCCGCUCGAGGA